GUCAUCUCCCUCCUAUUCCUCAGGAUCCUAAUGUCUCAGCCUAUACAGCCCCCACCAGCAGCAUCAGAGGUCAUUAACAGAAGAGUGGAGCCCCUGGGAGGUAGGGACCUGGCUCCAAGGAGGUUUGGCAGAAAGUGUGUGAUAAAUGAAGGGCAGUGGAUCUGGGAGGUUCUCAGUGUUAGAGCACCAAGACUUCAGAGAAGGCAGGAAGAACUCCAACCAGGAACACUGAUGGAGGACGAGGCAGGAUUUGAGUUGGGUCUUAACCUCUGAGCAACUCUGAGGGUCUUCUUGAUUGACUGGUUGGUCAGCAUCUUUAGAAUUAAUGAAACCUAGAUUUGGACUGAGCGUGAGUCUUCCUAAUGAUGGUAUCAGCAGGUGCUAUGCUAUGAUAUCCUACUUUGACUAUGUGCUUUGCACUUAGACUUUAUAUGGGGCUUUCUUCUCCCUAGGCCACAUACAGUGCUCAGUUGACCUAUCUGGGGGUCACCUCCUCCCUCCAGGGUCCUCAUCCCCUGGCUUUGCUCUGGGGUUCCUAUCAUAUCUGCCCUCUGCAAUCUUGGCUCUUACUUACGUUUGAAAACUCUGGAAGCGUUAGUGGUACCUGAUCCUCAUGACCAAGGGGACAGGAAGAAAAAGUCCAUGAGCUAGAAGGGCAGCAUAUGGCUACGCAGGAUCCGUGGCACAAAUUUGCAGAGGUCACGGUGCUCCAGACACCAAACGGCUGUGGGAACCCACGUCUAAUCUUUACAUAUGCAAGUCAUGUUCAUGCUCAUAAGCCGCUAGAAAGUAUGGACCUGGGCACUUUGCAUGGGUCAGAGCAGUGUGGUCUGUGGACCCGCAGAAUGAACAUCACCUGCAAGCUCAUUAAAAAGACAAAUUCAUGGGCUCCACUGCAGACCUAGUGCAUCAGAGUCUCUUGGGGUGAGUAGAAACUGCUGUAUGUGUCAAUUAGCAGUUUGCAUUGGUACCUAACUCACGUUUGUGUAAGUCACACUCUGAAGUGCUCUAUUCAGUAGCUUUACAUAUUUUGCAGACUUCUGCAACCAUCACAGUAAACUGCAGAACAUUUUCGUUAGCCCAAAAUGAACUCUGUACUUUCCAAUUUCUCAUUUCCAUCUCCGCAAUCCUAGGGAAUCACUACUCUGCUUUCGGUCUAUAGAUUUGCCUGUUGGAAGCCUGUAUUUUUAACAGAAUUAUUAAGAAUAGUUGUAUAUAUUUAUGGGCUUCAGUGCAACAUUUCAAUACAUGAAUACAAUGUGUGCUGAGCAAUUCAGGGUAAUUCAGGUACACUACGCCCUCUACGACGCCACCUACGAGACCAAGGAGAGCAAGAAGGAGGACCUUGUGUUCAUCUUCUGGGCCCCCGAGUGUGUGCCCCUCAAGAGCAAAAUGAUCUACACCAGCUCCAAGGACGCCAUCAAGAAGAAGCUGACAGGAAUCAAGCAUGAAUUGCAAGCCAACUGCUAUGAGGAGGUCAAGGACUGCUGCACUCUGGUGGAGAAGCUGGGGGGCAGCGCCGACAUCUCCCUGGAGGGCAAGCCCUUGUGAGCCCCCCAGCCCCCUGCCCGGCACAUCUGACAGCCCCAGACCUGCCCUUGGGGGUUGCAGGCUACCCCCUCCCUGCCAGGCUGGAGGGGCUGGGGGGAUCCCAGCAGGGGGAGGGCAAUUCCUUUGCCCCAGUUGCCAAACAGCCCCCCUCCCCCUGGACCCUCUUCCUCCUCCCAUCCCUGACAGUUCUGGCCACCCCAAACUGCUUUUGAUUUUCUGAUUCCUCUUGGGUUGAAACAGACCAAGCCCCCCCAGGCAUCCCAGUUUGGGGGGAGUCCUGUUUUUUUUUUUUAACGACACCCCUACCCCUGCCUAUCCCAUUCCCUUCCCGUGCUGCUAACUUCUAACCACAGUAGGGACUGUGCUCAUCUGUAGUUCUGUGUAUAAAUGGAAUGUUGUGGAGAUGACCCUCUCCUCCCCCGAUUCGACCACUCAUGUCCACAGAAGCAGGACCAGUAAGGGACCUUCGAUUAAAAAAAACAAAAACAACAACAACAACAACAAAAUCACAAACAGUAUUUCCCAUUUUUUGAUGUUGCAUUAGGACUGGAACCUUGGAGCUCCUGUCUUCUUUUUGCUUAUCAAAUAUAUAAUAGUUUACUGUGAACCAUAGUCACAUCA